AUGUGGAUUUAUAGGGCAGGCGCAGCUCAAGCCAAAUGCUCCCGCUCCGGGGGGCGGGAAGCGUGGGGGCGGGAGGGAGGCGGCGGGCAAGGGGCGGACCGCUGGGACCCCGGCUCGAGCCUCUGCGGACAGGCAGCCCCAGUCCUCCAGCUCGCGCUCCAGGACACCCUCUCCCGCGCGGCCGCACCAAGGCCAGCGCAGAGGCAGCCGCGCGCAACACUCGCCCGCUCGCACCCCUGCUCCGCCCGGGGGCUCCAGGCCCGGUCUGCGCCCCCCUCCCCGGCCCUCUCGCCGGGCUCCAGCUGCGCGUGGAGCGGUCCCGGCUCGGCUCCAGCUCCUCAACGGCCCCGCUCCCCCAUUACCCUGAUGUCGGCCCCUCUCCCCCUCGGCUUUAUCGGCUCUCAGCCGGCUCCGCCAGGGUAA